CUCAAACAACUCCCCCAUCAAAGCCCAAGAAAACCCUCUCGCAAUUCGCGACCGAUUGCUUUUCAAUCUGCGUGCUGGACUAGGGCUCAGCCCAUCUAAAGUGCUUUUUCUCAUACUCACCAAUGAGCAUCUCGAGUCCCUACCUAUUGCUAACAUGACACCCCGGAUCAGAAGGGACUUCCCACGGUUGGAACGUCAGGUUUUCAACAUGUCCAGCAACAACACAAGUACGGGCAUCUCAGGUCCUGAGGCAACAACCGCGCCUGGGACUCCUGCUGACCCGAAUACAGCAACGGUCAACGACCCUACCACGGCGGCCCCGCCUGGGCCGACCACUAUCAUCAGCACCACUUCAGUACCGUCAGUGCAGCCGCCUAUUAGUACGACUUCCUCGGCUUUGCCGACUUCCCCUUCAUCAUCCUCAGCUAUACCACCACCACCGCCAUCAUCAACACCUAAUACCUCGACGACGCAACAGCCGCCACCAAUAAGCUCUACCACAGCUCCGCCAACGACAUCAACACCGGCGCCGCCCACCACUACGCAGCAGCCGAGCACGGAAACUUUUACUAGCGUCCAGAUUAUCACGACUGAAGGGGAAACACGAACCAAGAUUACGCAAAUCAUUACUACUGAGACAGUAGUGCCUUCCGCGAACCCCACCACCUCCAGUGCUUCGACCACCACAUCAUCGGCCGGGGCCAUUGAUGCUACUAAGGGUGCUUCCUCUGGCGGUGGUGGAUUGGGUAGCGGUGGGAAGAUUGCCAUUGCGGUAGUGGUGCCCAUUGUCGCCGUUGCCCUUUUGGUAUUGGCCGGUAUCUUCCUUUGGAGAAAGCGGAAGCAAAGGAGGGAUGCCGAGGAACAGAGGCGAAGGGAAGUGGAGGACUAUGGCUACAACCCCAAUGUCGACCCUACGAUACCUGCCGUUGCCGGCGGUGGUGCUGCUGGAGUGUACGAGAUGAGGGAGGAUGGAACGUCCGGGUACAGGGGCUGGGGCUCUACGACCCUCGCGAGUUCGGCUGGAAGGAAGGCCUCAACGACCAUUUCAGGCGGCAUGCCUGGCGUUGCCUAUUCCGACACCACAUCGCCAACCCGGGGAACCGUAUCCGACGCACGAUCUGGCGAGCCGUUGAUUGAACCACCUUCGCCCGAAGGCGAGAUCCUGGGAGCAAUGGGACCUUCAGCCGGUGACAGCCCAGACGCCAAUGUUCACCGAGGACCCUCAAACGCCUCGUCUCAUUACAGCACAGCUGCCCGCUCUGACGAGUCCGGCGAGGCCCCUAUCGGAGUUGCCUAUGGAGGAAGAACUAGUUAUUAUGAGCCGCCGCAGUACGGUACCGCUAAACCAUACAACGCCCCCGAGGGUGCCUAUAACGGCCCAGUUGCCCCGAACAACUUUACUCCCGCAGGACCCCCGGUCAUUCGAGAUGUUGUGGCGAGGCGGAAUACUCGCAUUGAGAAUUCCGGACAUUACCCUCAGCAAACGGCUGGCAUCUCGCAGAAUUUUUAAAGAACAAGAACUAGUUAUUGACGGUCGUCGCUAGUUAUCUCUUUGUUUCGACCGCUGUAUAUCAUGGUCCACGCGUCGUUUUUUCCCGCUCAUAGGAUACCCAUUUUGACUGUUCGAGUCGCGCUAUCGUUAUUGUUUUCGCUCGGCAGAAACGUUCGUUGGAUUUUUUUGGCUACCCAUCUCCGCCCUCGCUCUUGGCGAUAGCCGCGUCAGUGAAGGGGGCCUUUGGAUGCAGUUUCGUGGACUCUGGUCCUUCCACCAUUCUCCUAUUCUAGUCAAAGGCCGCCGGCAGGAGGUGGUGGUUUUAAUCUCGGAUACGACAACGAGUGAUUAGAUAGAAAAGCGGCUGGUUUUUCUUUUUGCUUUU